GCGCCGCUGCGUGUUUAGUUGCGUUCGUAGCACGACCAAGAAUAGGCGUCACAGUGAUGGUUCCUGCCUGAAAAGUUUAUCUAGUUCGGGUGUCGGUAUCGGUACUACUCGUGAGCGGUCAGCGGAUUGUGCAACACCCUGUAGUGUUUCUUUAAGAAUUUAAACGUGUCGCUGAUUAUUAUUAUUGAGUACUUGAGUACGAGAAGAUAUUAUUGCUUCAGUAGUACUGUGGAACCUCAGCCAUAAAGUCGUGCUCGUAAUUAACGUUUUAUUUAUAUUAUUUCACACGUUAUCACCGACGUGGGUUUGUAUAUUGAUAGUACGUGAUAACUAGUUACGAUAGAUAAGCAAAAACGGCUAUCAGUGUGUUUGUUGACUAAAAUUGGCGGUGUAAAAGUACCAUGAGAUUGUGUUAGUGUUUUUUUCUACGGAAAGCUUUUGUGUUGGGGAGUAGAAAAAGUAAUUAAGUGAAGAGUUUCGUGUUAAAACGUAAUAUACGUAUGAGUGAUGCGUCUGCGGCGCGGUGCAAGUGUUGCGUUGGGACUAUUUUCGUAGCACGGAAAUAAGAGCGGCAAAAGGAGCAAAAAGUUGAGAUCGUCUGAAAAACUUUAGGACGAGUGUCGAAUGUAUUUCUGUCUGUUGUAAACCGAUGUCUACAACACUUGUGCUUGGAAUUGGUGUAAUGCUGUAACAAGUAUUCACUGAAAAUGAAGAAGAGGACCAUCUCUAAACUCAAAUCUAUAUUCGGCUCGAAGAAAGGCAAGCGACAACAAGAACAACCUUUGAAGUCUUCACGUUCACCUUCGCCUGAGCCGGUGGGGGCGGCUUCCCCGGUUCCAGGCAAUGAUGAUUCGUUCCGGCCCAUCUUGAGGACUCCACCGCCAAGCCGGGCAGGGCCGCCACCCUCGCCACCAGUGCCAACGCACCCCAUAGCUCCAGUUGCCCCAGAACCUACAGCUCCUCUUCCCCUUCUGCCAUGCGCAGUUUGCGGAAGAACCUUCGUGCCACAAUCUUUGGCAAAACACGUUAAAAUAUGUGAAAAGAUGACGGUGAAGAAAAGGAAAACAUUUGAUUCUUCCAGACAGAGACGUGAAGGGCUGAUCGCGGCGAACGGUGCUAAUUCCGGUACAGACUUGGAGCAAUACUUGCCAAAGAACUUUGGUCUUCCUGAAAACAGUCCGUUCUUAGAGAAAAGUCCGCCAAACACAGCUAAACCGACGCCAAAGCCGAAGCCACAGUCCGUCAGGAACGCUAUAACGAAGCCAAUGGCUGAACUACAAAGGUGUCCACACUGCAGCCGUGCGUUCGGCGUACGCGCAUUCGAGCGUCACGUGGAGUGGUGCGCUGACAAAGCGAAGAUAUUGCCGGCAGCGCCCGCGCAGCCGCCGCAACACGUCGCUGAGGCCAAGCAGCGGCUCAAUGCGCGCACGCAAUACAAAGCACCGCCAGUGCGCGGGAGACGGUCUUCACAAACCCGUGAUAAGUCUUCAAACAGCCGAUCAGCGUCCGUGGACUCAUCGCGAGGGGUGUCCCCUCCUCAGCCGCGAGAAUAUGGCGACUACAGACAAGGACGUACCAGAGCUUCAGAAUCUGUCUCCAGCAAUGACUGCCACGAUGAUCCUUCUCCUCACAUGCCAGUGAUAAGAAACUCUCGGAAUUCACAAAACAGUUCGUCAGGCGACGCCAACGUCAAAGCAAGACAAGCCAGGCUCGCUAGGGACCUUAGCAGCUCUAGAAAAAAACAAGAUCCCCGCCUAUCCUCUAUCAAACAAAGUAGUUCUGAACUUAUUGUCAAGAAAAAUCAAAGUAAUACCGAAUCAAAAACCAAGAACGUCAAUAAAAAUAACACUGAAUCAAAUAUCAAGAAACAUCAACAAAGUAAAGUUGAUACAAAUGCCAAAAAGGGACAAAAUAAACCUGAACCCAACAUCAAAAAAGUUCAACACAGUGCUACUGAUCCUAAUAUCAAGAAAAAUCAUGGCAAUACUGACUUAAGUAGCAAAAAGAGUCAGACAAGUAGCAUUGAUUUGAACAUGCCGAAUAUACAACAAAGUAAUACAGAUCCGGACAUUAAAAAACUGACGACUCAAGCCAAGCAGAAAAAUAAAUUAAUUGCAAAAAAACAACAGCAGCUAAAGAAACUCGAAGAGAUCGUUAACAAGUAUAGUGAGAAGAAAAAAGCCGAAGUUGAAGAUUUAAAAGAUCAAUCAAAACUGACACGUGACAAAAGCCAAAUACCGAUACCUAAAAAAACAAAAGCUAAAAAGUCAAAGAUAGAGAGUAGCGCCGAUAUUGAUCAAUUUAUUAGUGCUGAUAUUAGAGAAAUGGCAACAGAUGUCAAUGACAAUAUUAAAACAUUUUCUACCACUAGAUCAUCACCUUCAGAAACGUCAGAAGCACAUACAAAAUCUAGGAACGAGAGAGAUAAAAAAAUAAAAAUGAGAACUAAAAAGGAUAAGAUUGCUAAAGAAACGAGCAUGAGUCUAGAUAGUUUGGAAGAAUGCCCAAAAACGAGUAGCGAUCGAAACUGUCAGUCGAUUGGGAUUAACACAGAACUUCUGUGUGUUCCAUGCAUCAUACAUGACAAUCCUGACCAGAAAAAAAUUAACAAGAAAAAUAAAUCUAGAAAGGACAAAAAUAGUUCUAAGGAACCUGAAAUUGAUACCAAACCUGAACCCGUAGUUGAAUUACUCUAUAAAAAUCCUACUAUAUCAAAUUGUUUGGAAAUAAACUACAUGAGCGAUUCCUAUAUUAAACUAGACACGAUCAAUUCAAAUGUUGAUAGUUCUUUGAUUACUCCUAGCACUUCUGGUAAUGGCAUCGAUGAAAUGGACUCAAUAUCAGAUGUUACUCGCCAGGACGUUAAUUUGUCAUUGCAAAUCAUAGAAGAUAUACAAAUAUCAAAUACGAAUAUCAGUGGAGAUUCGAUAAGUGAAAAAAUCGACGAAGAAAUUCGCGAAUUGUCUGAAGAGCGUUUCGAAGUGGAUUAUGAACACGAUAUGAGUGCGGAAGUAUCCUGUAACGGGUCCAUAGAAAACAAAUAUGAUGAGGAAAAUAUCAAAGAAGAAAUAGGUCGCCACGGAAGUGGUGAAACAUAUACAAAGUUCAUUGAGGACCCAGCAGACCUUGAAGAAUUUAUGCAUAUAACUGACAAAUUGUUAAGUAACGAUCAGAAUGAGCAAGAAUGUUUGAAUGUUGCUAAUGACUUAGAUCAGUUUCAUACACCGAAAACAAAUUCUAUUGAAGCUAUCGACCAAAAAAUGUCUGAUACUACAAUCAAUGAAUCGGUUAAACAUGAAUUCUCUGAUACAUUUGAGGAGUUGAAGAAUAAUCUGAGAGAAUUGCUUGAAGGCGCUGGGAAUUCAGUGAACGAACUGAACGAAGCGAUUAAGAAAUCUGAGGAUACAAAAGAAGAAUCUACAAGUUUACCAGACAUCAACAGAAAAAUUUGUGACAUGGAACACAUUACUAUUUAUGAGCUUAAAUUCUACGAAAGAAAACUGAAAGAAGAUAAUCAACGAGAUGAGGAAGAUUCUUGUUUCAAGUUACCAUCCAUCACGGAAUCCAAUAAUCCUGGUAAUAAAGUAGAGUGCGAUAAUAGAAAAAUGCACAAGAUAUACAAACCAAGUAGAAAAUACAAGAUGUUGGGUGAACAAACUAGGACUAAUAAGGAGUACCAAACGUUCAUUGUGAAACAAAAUGCAAAUGAUAAUAGUGACGGAUCGGUGACGUCAGACGUGCCCCCGUUGAAGCUGCCACGAAUUGAAACCAAAAGCAGUAACAAUAUAGGAAGCGAGAGCCUUUUCCCAUCCUCUGUGAAACGUUCCACUUCCCUCCUCGAUUCCCUCCAAAAGAAGAACACGCUCAAGAUAGACAGUGGGAAAAGCCGCCAUAAAUCCGAUCAACUGGAACAAGACCUCAUGCAGUCUCUCAAAGAUUUUGACAAAUUCUACGAAAGUGAGAAGAACGAAAACCAGUCUAGUAAAGAGAUACCAAGUUACAAUGGAACUGCAAAAAGGGAUACUCGCAUAAAAACUGAACGGAAAAUCAAGAAAAUUGAAACUAGUACCAAUGGGAACCACACGCCGAAUGGCAAGCAGAGUAAUGAUUCAGCUUAUAGCAGGUUAGUCAGUUUAAACAGGAUAUCCCCGUCGAAACUUUCACUAUGUACUCCCAAGGAACCCAAUGGAUUAACGUCGUUAGAACAAAUCCCAGCGGGUUCGGACUCAAGCGGCAGUCACAAGGAGGAUGUGAGGUCAAUUUCUAGCGACGAGUUCCUCGCGAUGGAGCGGUCAGCAGAGCUAGAUGAACCUCUUCCACCACCAGACCUUUUAUUUAAGGAACAAGACAAUCAUAUCGACAAGCGCGUAAGUUCUCGUGCGUCGUCGCGGCAAAGUCCGACGUGGCGCCCGCGUGCCUCGCUCAGCUCGAGCGGCUCGGAAGCAUCCCUGGCGAGGCGGCGCGACCCAGCACCCGCGCAGUGCCGCCGCCCCUCGCGGUUCUGCCACGAGUGUGGCAACAAGUUCCCCGUCGACACCGCCAAGUUCUGCAUCGAAUGUGGCGUCAAGAGACUCGUCGUAUAACGGGGAACUCUAUGUGAGCGACUUCUAGUCUUAUAAGUAGUGCCGGUUUAUGUAGGCGUACUGGUGAUAGAUAUUGAGCACCGAGGACGGUGCAGCUGAUGCGCCCGGAGCGACAACAGCUACUCUGAAGGGCGCAUGUAACAUAUUUCACAGCCAGCAAGUGAUGUUGACGACAUACCAGUUAAAGUAUUGAUAUCACGAAACUAUACGUAUCACGAAUGGAAUUGUUCUCUUUGUAUGUACAGUUGUCGCGUGAUUCUUUUGUAGGAUACCAAACAAGCAAUGUGUUCUAUAAUUAUUUGCGUGGUUUUAAUACAUUUUAUAUAUGAGUUUAUUGUUGAUGACCAAAUGAUGUAACAUCGUGGUAAAUGUUGUAUCAUUGUGAGGAAAUGAAAAAUACAUUCAUGUAUUUACAUAUAACAUUGUUUAAUACUGAAGCUGUUAGUUAAUCUGAUGAUUAAUACUAUCUUAGAUUUACCUCAAACUGGAAGUAUAUUUUUAUACUUACUAAAAUUUUGGUAUGUAUUUUGCACAAAUAAACAAUCUUGGACCACUACUUAGAUGUAAAGUGAGAACUUUUCUUAUAGUAAUGUGUAGCUAUCUAUAAAUUAAUGACGUAAUAUUAUUUACAAAACGUUACCAAAUUGCUAUAAUUUAUUAACUAAUUUGUGCCUUCACAAUUAACUAGAUGAUAAUGUCGUGUAUUCUGUUGGUCUCUGUUAUUUUGUUUGCGAAGUUUUAAUUUCUGUUGCAAUUUAUGUCAAACGAAAACUGGCCAAGGUAGCCUUGGAAUUUGUAAGAUCUGUGAUACGAUUCAUUUUUGGUAUAGCAAAAAUUUCAUCAUAGAAGUUUGGAUGAAUUCAAAAAUAACUUUUAAGUGCCAAUUUCUUUAUGUAAUUUGGGUUUUUAAUGGAAUUUUGUGUACAUUGUUAAUUUUUUUAUUUGCUAUUGUGAGCGAAUAUCAUUUUUAUUUUUUUUAAAUAAUAUUGAUUACCCUUCCAAGGAUUUCCAUUAACGUCUCUUGUCCACAACAUAGUUGGCCAUUUUAACAAGACUGAUUUUAUUUUCAAAGUUUUCGAACUUGAUUAAUCCUUAGUUACUGUUGUAUAUUGUUUUUAAUAAAAUAACGAUUUUAUCAUGUAAUAAAUUAACAUUUUAAUAAUGAUAA